GCCCAGUUUAUUUUUUUUUCUAAAACAGAAAAAAGAAAUAGAUCUACUUUGAUUCUCAAUCGAUCUCAACAUGGUAGAAGAAAAAAAGAAAUUAACAAAGCGUGAAAAAAAGGCAGAAGCUUUCAAAAAAAGAGCUAAAAAGGCUCAGUUCACUGAGGACAUGGCUGUUCCUGCCUCUGACGACCCACCUGCAGUUGAAGAAGAACAACCACAACAACAACAACAACAACAAGAAAAGGCAACAACGGAACAAGCAACUACCAUCACCGCUUCUCAGCAGAACACGACGACUACGAAACGGAAAGCAGAAGGCCAACCUAUUGAUACACCCAAAGAUGAAUCCGCUGAAGAACCUUCAAGAAAGAAAAAUAAAAAGAAUACCCAAUCCAAAGAAGGAGGAAAUCAGCACCGAUUUAUUGUUUUUGUUGGUAAUUUACCCUAUACAACAACGAAAGAAGAGCUCGCUGCUCACUUUGAGUCCGCUGGAAAUGUCAAAUCAGUGCGACUCUUAACCGAUAAAAAGACAGGAAAACCUAAAGGCUUUGCUUUCAUGGAAUUUGAGAGUGCUAAAGACCUCAAAAAAGCUUUAGGUUUCCAUCAUACAUUCUUCAAAAAAAGACAAAUCAACGUUGAAUUAACAGCUGGCGGCGGUGGAAAUAAGAGUGAUGCACGUAAAGAGAAACUUAAAGUGAAGAAUGAACGCUUAAGAGAAGAACGACAAAAGAAGUUCACUGAAGCCAAAGGAAAGAACGAACAACAAUCAUCGUACCAAUCUUCUAAUCAAGAAGAAAGUUAAAAAACUUGAAAUCAUUUUCACAUAGUCACGUAGUCAUCCAUAUCAUUUAGCCGGAUCAUUUCAAUUUUCGUAAAUUACCGUACAAAUUAAACUUUUUUUUUUUUGGGUUCUAUUUUUUUCAG